AUGGCCGCCGUCGGCUUCAAGGCUGCGGGCAGCGGCUUGUGGAAGGGUAACGGGGCUGGCUUGCAGCUGGCCGCCGCCGUCUUCUGCCAGAGCUGCAGCUCCGCCGCCAGCAGCGGCCCCGGCGAGGGCAGGCGGGCGGGCUGGGGCCAGCAAAGGGCUCAGCACCAGUCUGCGGGGCAGUCCCCACCCCAGUCAGUCCCUGGCAGAGCCCGGAGAGCCGCGGAGCCCAGCCCGGCCGCAGGCAGUCCCCUGAGCAGCCAGCCCAGCCCUGCCGAGGGCGCCGACACUAAGUCCUACCUAUGGGCCAGAUACCACGAGAUGAAAAAACUGGUGUAUGAUCUUCUUCCACCAGGAGUCUGCAAUCUCCUUAACCCUGCAGCUAUCUACGCAAAUAAUGAGAUCAGCUUGAGAGAUGUUGAGAUCUAUGGCUUUGAUUAUGAUUAUACAUUAGCACAGUACUCUAAUUUAUUACACUCUAUGAUAUUCAACACUGCCAGAGACAUACUAAUUGAACAGUACAAGUAUCCGGAAGGACUCAAGAAAUACGAUUACCUUCCAGGAUUUGCCAUCAGAGGGCUUCACUAUGACGUGCAAAAGAGUCUUCUGAUGAAGAUUGAUGCUUUCCAUUAUGUCCAGUUGGGGACUGCAUAUAGAGGGCUAAAGCCAGUGCCUGAUGAAGAGGUUAUUGAAUUGUAUGGUGGUACGCAGCACAUCCCACUGUACCAGAUGAGUGACUUCUAUGGCAAGGGUCCUUCAAUUAAACAAUUCAUGGACAUCUUCUCCCUUCCUGAAAUGACCCUGCUCUCCUCAGUCAUUGACUAUUUCAUAAAUCAUGGCAUUGAGUUUGACCAGGUUCAUCUUUACAAGGACAUAUCUGAUGCCAUUAAAGACGUGCACGUGAAAGGAAUGAUGUACAAAUGGAUUGAGAAGGACAUGGAGAAAUACAUUCUUCAUGGGGAUGAAACUUAUGCUGUCCUAAACAGACUGGUUAACCUCAACAAGAAACUCUUCCUUAUUACAAACAGCCCCUUCAGCUUUGUAGAUAAAGGAAUGAAACACAUGGUUGGCAAGAACUGGCGGGACCUCUUUGACAUGGUCAUUGUGCAAGCUGAUAAACCCACCUUUUUCACUGACAGACGCAAACCUUUUAGAAAAUUGGAUGACAAAGGCUCACUCCAAUGGGACAAAAUAAACAAACUAGAAAAGGGAAAGAUCUACAAACAGGGAAAUUUGUUUGAUUUUCUAAGGCUAACAGGUUGGCGUGGGUCCAAAGUACUUUAUUUUGGUGACCAUCUGUACAGCGAUCUUGCAGACUUAAUGCUGCGUCACGGCUGGAGGACGGGAGCCAUUGUACCAGAACUGGAACCUGAAAUCCGGAUCAUUAAUACAGAGCAGUACAUGCACUCGCUGACCUGGCAACAGGCACUCACAGGGCUGCUGGAGAGAAUGCAGAUGUAUCAAGAUGCAGAAUCAAAGCAGGUGCUGCUGGAAUGGAUGCAAGAGCGUCAGGAAAUUAGGUCCCUUUCGAAGAACCUAUUCAAUCCUCAAUUUGGGAGCAUCUUCCGAACCUUCCACAACCCAACUUACUUCUCUCGGAGAUUGAUCCGGUUCUCUGAUAUCUACAUGGCAUCCAUCAGCUGCCUGCUGAACUAUGAUGUGAACUUCACCUUUUUCCCCCGGCGCACCCCUCUGCAGCACGAGGCGCCCCUCUGGAUGGAUCAGCUCUGCACCGGUUGUAUGAAGACCCCCUUCCUGGAGGAGAUGGUGCACAUCCGAUAAAGGGAAAGUGUGGGCUGCAACUGUGAACCAACUCUGGGAGCUGCUGAAUGGAGGAGCUCAGACAUAGCAGGAUUGUGGGAAACCGUGGAAAGGAAAUUGAUGUUUGAAAUUUUCCAUUCAGUGUUAGGGCUAAAUUGUGGUGUGAGAAGCUAAAGAUUACUGUAUUCCUCCUAUGCACUAGGGCAGCACAGCCAAGUGCAUGAUUUCCUUUACUGUGUGUAAGAUAUGUUGUAGGAGCAGUACUUGCUUGCCCCAAAGAAAUCAGGGCAGAGUCCCCCAAGCACCAGCCCUGGAGUGUCUGCUUCUGAGGAGGAUGGAUUUGGUGGGGAAUGCUAACUAACUUAUCAAGAGCUGUGAACUGACUGACUGCCGUAUAAUGAAAGUUUAUCAUGAUGGAACCUUGUUUUCUAUGUACUGUAGCAAAAGGUCAAGCUCAGGUUUGAGCACCUUUAAUCUGUAGCAAAGUUUUGGUACAUGAGACUUGUGCAGCUGGGGGAAGUAUAAGAGGAACAAAAUAUCAGUGGCUAUAAUUACAAGAAAUGGCAUCUUUCAUCUGGUGCAGGAAGAUACAGAAAUUUGUAAUUUCACCAUUCCACAUCACAAGUGUUUUAUCUGGACUGAGAACAUUAGGGUGGGACAGUGUUAGGAUAGGUGAACUUCAUUUUAAAAUCUACAUUUUAGACUUGUGCCUAUACAGAGAAUUCUUAGUGCAUGUGUGGCUUUGAAGGGGAAGGCUUUUAUGUGCCUAGUAGACAGACUGCCAGUGGCUUAUUGCUCUGUGCCAAGUUUAAAUCCCAUAGCAGCUAGGGAAAAUGUGUAAAAUAAUCCAAUGCCAUAAAACAGUAUUAAUGCAGCAGCUGUGAGGACAGUAGGUAGAAUAAAAUGUUCUAGAAUAUCUUUGGCAGUGAGUAGCAACUCUAACCACAGUUGAACAUGAUACCUCAAGUACAUAAACAGGGUACCUGUCCUGGUGACUGGAUGUUAAAUGGCUUUGAGUUUGUUUUUUUUUAAACAUUGAAACUAUUCCACCUUUUGUUUGAACACCAAAAUAACUAGCAUUAAUGUAAAUAACUUGUUAAAGAUUGCUAUACUACUGCAUUCUCUAGUGAUGUAAUGUCUUGGACUAUCAUGUUGUGAUCUGUGACCCUGGAAUUGUAAUGUGUAUGCUGCAACAGAAGAAUGUUACCUCUGCUGUAGGAGCAUCUGCCAUAUUGUGGUGGCAACUUUACCACUUGACAGACUGGGCAUCCUCUAGAUGCCUUUACUAAGACAAAUAGUAUAGCCACCCAAAUUUGAUGUAGUUGGUCUUCAAAUAAAUAGGAAACUCAAGUGGAUGUUUGGCUCUCUGAAAAUUUAACACACCAAUGGUGGUUGUGUGGUUUGAGAAUAAUUUGAAAUGUAGCAUGUUGAAGUUCUUGUCUAAAUAACUUUCUGUAGCUCAUUGUGGUAGGUUCUUUUCUUUUAAACUUAUAUAGAAGUGUGGUAAAUAAACAAAGUAUCAUAGUAUGAAA